UGAAAAAUGUGUUUUGUAUGAAGGCAAAGGAAGGCAGAAAAAAAUCAGUACGUGCAUUAGUGGCUAUUGGAAAUGGUAAAGGGGCUGCAGGUUUUGCAAUGGGGAAAGCAGGUGACAGGAUGAAUGCUUUACGGAAAGCAAAGAAUAAAGCAAUAAGCUGCUUACAUUUUAUAGAGCGGUAUCAGAAUCACACAAUUUACCAUGACGUUACAGUGAAAUUUAAAAGCACAACCAUCCGCAUGAAGAAGCAAAACAAAGGGUAUGGUCUUCGUUGCCACCGAGCUAUCAUCACCAUCUGCAAACUAAUUGGCAUUAAAGACAUGUACGCCAAGGUUUCUGGAUCCAAAAACUUGAUUAACAUUACCAGAGCUUUCUUUAAAGGCUUGACACAACAGGAGACUCACCAACAGUUAGCAAAUCAGAAGAGUCUCUAUGUAGUGGAGUUCCGGGAGGAGCAGGGCCCUCUGCCCAUCGUUGUGGCACUGCCUGAGGGGACUGUCCGUGAGGAUCCCGAGCCUGAAGAUGAGGUUCCAGACACAAAGCUGGAAUGGAGUGAAGUGAAAGAAGCUCAAGGAAUGAAGAAGUCUCCCUGGGCGAAUGUCAGACGGACAGUAUGGUAAAAGCUUCAGUCCCUCUGUCUCUUCUGCUCAGAGAUGCAACUGGGAAAGCCCAGCCCAAAUGGACAGGUCGUCUAGGCUUACAUUUCAGAGGGCACCAAUAGCUCUCUCAUGCCAUUCAUAUUGCUGCUCCCAUUGCUACCAUUCAGUAACACUGUUUGCUUUCCCACAAUUCUUCUGACCACUGUUCGACUAGGGACAUUCAGAUGGAAACAGCCAGUGAACAUGACUUCGACUUCAAGCAUGUAUUUACUCGAUUCCUGAAGAUGAUGUUUAAUCAACAGACCCCAUGUUUCUUUCACAAGGUCUUGGGAAACUACUGAAAAGAUAAAAUUGUGAAAGCAAUAAAGAAUCCUCAGAAUGA